AUGCAGAUGGUGAGGUACGUCAGCGGCACGUAUUACCGCGAGCACCACGAUACCAACGAGCAGAUGGGCUCGUCGGCGCCAGGCCACCGCAUCUACACGCUGUUCGUGUACCUCAGCACUGUGCCCGACGGCUUCGGCGGCGAGACCAGCUUCCCGAAGCUGAACCUCACGGUCCCCCCGAGGGCGGGCAGCGCCCUGCUCUGGACCAAUGUCAGGGCGGACGACCCCCGCAGCAGGGACUCCCGGGUCAAGCACGCGGCCCUCCCGGUGAAGAUCGCACAAACGCGCGCGGCGAGCGCGGCGAGUUCACCAAGCUCGGGAUGA